UCUAUCUCCCUUCUCUGUAUGAAUCUAUCGCCGUCGUGGGUGCACGCACUGCACAUUUAUCUAGCCCCUGAAUUCCGCCGCUGCACUUAACAUUGCAAGCUCUGGUCAGGUUAUUGCUACAGUUGGUUGCUGGCCUAGGCCUAGUGCAGUUCAGAAAUGGAGCAUCGAUCUGUGUCAGAUCUGAUAAGCCAGUUUGAGCCUUUGUUGAGAAGAUUCGAGGACGACGAUGGCCUGCUAAUCACGGAAGCGAUAGAGGAAGCUGGGUGCAAGGUGGGCGACAACUACAUGUCCGUCGUUAUGCGAGCGACCGUGAAGGGGUCGCGUGGAAAUGGAACAAGCUACGCCAAGUCGAUAGUGACCAAGUACCUUCCCCAUCAUCGGGAAAUCACACCGAUAUUUAGGACAGCCGAAUUGUUCAAGAACGAGAGUUACUUCUACGAGCGACUUCUACCUCUCCUCGGUGACUUUGGACCUAUUUUCAUCCACGCCGACGGAGACAAAAUCGUAAUGGAGGAUCUGAAACAUCUCGGAUACUCGGUCCUGGAGCGGCGAGAACUUCUCGACCUCGAUCACAGCUUGGCCACUGUCAGAAUCCUGGGUAAGCUGCACGCUUCGAGCCUGGCGCUGAAGCUGCGAAAUCCUCGGGGGUUCGAGGAGCUGGUGAGACCGCUUACGGAGGCGGUUUUCCCUCAGGACAAGAUGCCCAGUCUGGGAGUGUCGAUAAACGAUUGCACGAAGAUAGCGGUGACUCAGCUGGAUUCGAUCGAGCCGAAGAGCGAGGAGCUUGAGGUCGGCAUCCGGUUCCUGAAGAGCUUCGGCGAGAACGUCUACUCGGAGAUGCAGGAGCUGGUGGUCCCUGGUCGGGGCGAGUUCGACGUGUUGACUCACGGCGACUGCUGGAACAACAACAUCAUGUUCAAGCAUGACAAUGCCGGUAGAGUGGUGGACGUGAAGCUCAUCGACUUUCAAAUAACUCGGCAUGUUUCACCGGCCGUUGAUUUUCACUACUUCGUUUACUCCAGUCCGAAGUCAUCCGUUAUCGAGGAAAACUACGACGACCUUGUCCGCGCCUACCAUUCCGCCUUCGCCGAGGCCCUCGAAAGAAACUCCGCGCCACUCGAAGCCCGCCGACGACUCAGUAUCGAUUGGUUCAACGGUGAGCUCAGGAAAUGUGCCAAGUACGGAAUAUUCACCGCAUGCUGGAUCAUCCAAGCGAUUCUUGCCGAGGAACAGGACACCGUUGAUAUGGACCAGGUCACCAUGGAUUUCAUGAAGGAGUUCAUGAGCAGGAAGGUUCAGGUCAAGCCCAAAGUCGCCGAGAGGCUCAACUGCAUACUUGUUCAUUAUGUACGUAGGUACAUUUCCAAGACUGUGGAACUUGAGAUUUUGCAACAAGUACUGCGAAAAUGGGAAAAGGAUUCAUGCCUCGAACUGACCGCGGUCAAUGAGACUCCGGCUUGUGGGUUUGGUAUCAAUUUCAUGUCGAUGGUAAAGAGAAUUUCCGCGAAAGGAAAACGCGGCGAUGGUUCACCCUACGAAAUAAGCCUGGUCACGAAGAAAAUCCUGGACAACAAGUGUCAUCAGAUGGUAUUCAAGAGUUUCGAGAUAUUUUCGAACGAGGCGAGAGCUUACAAGGCGUUAUCUCAACUACUUGGCCAGGAUCAGAAGCUGAUACCGCACUGUCUUCACGCUGACGAUGAACUGAUAAUACUGGAGGACUUGAAGCACCAGGGCUUCAAGAUGCUCGACAAGAAACAGGGUCUCGAUAUCGAGCACGCGAAGCUCGUGAUGAAGGCCCUAGCUCAAUUCCACGCCGCCUCUCUAAACUUGGAGUACAACGAGCCGGAAAAAUACGCUAAAAUACGUAGCGAGAUCAAAGAGGUGCUAUUCCCGGCGGACAAGGAUCACGAGGGUAUAAAAUCCAUGAUAACCGCUCUUCCAAAUCUCAUGAUAUUCUACCUGAAGGUCAGCGCCACACCCGAAGACGAUCACGCCAAGGAAAUGGCCUACUUCGAGGACAAGUCCGAGAAGAUGUACAACAUACUGAAGGAGGUGAUAAAGCCGAAGAAGUUUGCCGUGAUGUGUGCAGGCGAUUGCUGGAUAACUAAUCUGCUCUUCAAGUACAAGAAGAAUAAUGACGACGGUGACGAUGAAGAUCAAUCGGUGUCCGAGGUUCGACUUUUGGACUUUCAGGGGGCGAGAUUCGCCUCGGUGGCUAUCGACGUCCUCUACUUUCUCCACACAAGCGUAAAGCACGUGGUGAUAGAAGAAAGUCUCGAAGAUCUACUCGAGUCCUACCACACGGAGUUCAUUUCCAGACUGUCUUCGAUCCCCGAAAAAAUUCGUGACGAACUUUCGAUCGAAUGGCUUCGAAACGAGCUCAAGACUCACGAGCUCUACGGUUUCUUCAUGGCUCUCUGGAUCGCCCCGGCAACAACCAUGGACGAUAAACACAUCUCGGAUGGUGUCACAGUCGCAACGAUGUCCGUGGAAAAUAACCACACUCCGGAAUACAUGCGUGACAAAUUGUCCACCGCUCUUUUAGAAAAGGUUCACGAGAAGUGCAAGUACUUCCUCAAAUAGAAAACACCGAUUGGCCUGUUCAUACGUACCCCGCGUUUUUCAAAGUUUUGACAAAAUCACGCUUUGACCAUAUCGAAGAAUAGACGUUUCUUGUGGGAUUUAUUAUUAUUUUCAUCCGAGCAGCUGUAUCGGGUUUUAGUUACGUGUUUCUCUUAUAUAUACAUUAUUCGUGUUGUGUUAAUCUUUACCGUUGUACAUUUAACUGUUGCGUUUGAAAUAUUUUUUAUCGAUAUAAAAUGAAAUUUGAAAAUAACGAAAAAAAAAAGAAAAAAAAAAAGAGAUGUACGUAUAUAUAUAUAUACAAGAAAAUUGAAUAUAUUUAUGUGUUCAACGAUAAGUUUCAGAGUCGAAUUCGCAUUCUGGUAAUUUUUCGUCGAAUAAUAAGAAACGAUUCUUCUUCAAUGCAAAAUUAUUUCAUACCAAUAUUCGUUGUUAUUUGUUAUAUGAUAGUCUUGUGUUUUAUGAUAUUUAUUCAAGAAGUUUAUUCAUAUCUGAUAAAUUAUUCCGUAAUCUGUUAUUAUUACUGUAUACAUGCUUUCAUCGUAUAUAAUAUAUUUUAUUUCACCU